AUCUGUGGAAAAUAGCGGACGGGAUAAAAAGAGGGCAAAGUGACAUCGAUUGCCGAUACGUCCGACGAGUUUAUGUGGUGUGAACUGUACAUGCAUGUUGAGUGAAUAUCUGUCGCAAACUCUCGACUCGAGGAUCUUCAGAUUCCACGUUGAUCGCACGCACAUCGCGCGGAGUCAAUUGUCGCCACGUUGAAUACUCGUAAUCAGCGAGCUGCUAAAUCGAUAUAUGUGUUUCUUGUAGAACAUGUUGAGUCGUGAAGUGCUCGCCGGGGGAAUUUAAACGCAGCCGGGAAGGACAAUGCCUGACAUUUGCUCCACGAGAGUGUCGGACAAUUCCUGUUGACUCCCCGUGACUCUCUGUGGAUCCUGGAUUAAGGGAGGGAUCGAUCGCGCGGAAAAUCGUCGUACUCGGAAUACGCGCGAGUAAGAUACUAAAAGCACGCACGUUUCGUUUAAGUGUUUCGCUCGCAUCUACAAUUCACGUCGCACAAUCGAUCGCAAACAUGUCGAGCUCACCGCGAACACGAAAAAUGCCGCCCAGGCCAAAGAUCUUGCUUCCGGUUCCCGGACAGUACUACGGUCCGCCGACGGGGACCGGUAUGGGCUACGUACCGACGCCGUACGGACAAACGCCGGUGCCCAUGACGCCGGUUUCCGGCCACCAGCCGCAGAUGUUCUACGCUAACCGGGCCAGCGAGUUCGUCUUCACGCAAUUCAAGGGGAUCAAGGAUCUGACGAAAUCUGGUCUCAGCGUGGGUGAGAAGAGCGCCUAUUGGCUCUACGAGAAGGUCAGUUCCUGGAGCAAAAGAUGGUUCACGCAUAUUUUUUUAUUCGUUGUCAUACUUCUGUACAGCAUCGCCGGGGCGAUGAUUUUCGUAGCGGUUGAAGGCACGGUCGAGCAAACUGCUGUCUUGGACAUCCGGAAGAAGAGGUAG